UCAUGCUGCGCUGCUGCCGGGCGGCCGCGGCCAUCGCUGCCGGCUGCGCUCCGGGCUCCCCGCGCGGCCGCCGCGGCCUCGCCAUGGCCAAGAGCAAGUUCGAGUACGUGCGGGACUUCGAGGCGGACGAUACGGUCCUGCCCAACUGCUGGAUCGUGGUGCGGCUGGACGGCCGCAACUUCCACAGGUUUUCUGAGCAGCAUGAAUUCAAGAAGCCAAAUGAUGACCGUGCUCUGCACCUGAUGACCAAGUGUGCCCAGACAGUGAUGCAAGAACUGGAGGAUAUUGCUAUUGCUUAUGGACAGAGUGAUGAAUAUAGUUUUGUUUUCAAAAAGAAGAGCAGGUGGUUUAAAAGAAGAGCAAGUAAGUUCAUGACUCAUGUGGUCUCCCAGUUUUCCUCAAGUUACGUGUUCUAUUGGAAGGAUUACUUUAAGGACCAGCAGCUUCUCUACCCACCAGGAUUUGAUGGACGCAUUGUGUUGUAUCCCAGCAACCAGAAUCUGAAGGACUACCUCAGCUGGAGGCAAGCAGAUUGCCAUAUUAAUAACCUUUACAAUACAGUGUUCUGGAUGCUUGUGCAGCGAGGUGGUUUGACACCAGUGCAAGCACAGGAGAGGCUCCGGGGAACUUUGGCUGGAGAUAAGAAUGAAAUCUUGUUUUCUGAAUUCAAUAUCAACUACAACAAUGAACCUUUGAUGUAUAGAAAAGGAACUGUCCUAAUAUGGCAGAAGAUUAAUGAAGUCAUCACUAAGAAAAUAAAACUUCCAAAGGAAGAAGAAGAAAAAGAAGUGGAAGUGACCCGGACUAAGACUAAAGUUGUUCCCCUGCACUGUGACAUCAUUGGGGACCAGUUCUGGGAGGAAUAUCCUGAGAUUCUGGCUGAGGAUAGUUGAUAUCUCUGAUGAGCAUAACUGGUAGUUUACAUUCUGCUCUGCUUGGGUUGUUGGCAAGUGAGGAAUACGAAUGGUGGCUGGCAGAGUUUGACCUGGAGCGCUUUUCAGCAACUACAAUGGGUUUAGCACUGUUGCUGCCUAAAAAGAAGACACUGGUGCUGUCUGACAUACAAGGAUAUGCCCAUAUGGAAUGCUAAAAUCAUACUAUAUUUUGAAUGUUAAGAACUCAUCAUGAAUUAAGACUGUUCCUGCCUUGUACAUGUGUAUUUGUAAAAAAAAGUAUGUAGAAAUUUCCUGUAUUUCUAUAGCAUUUACAAUGAGGUAUUUUAUUGUACUGCUGAACUAUAAAAAAGCCCGGAUAUUUGAACAGAAAAUUAUUAGUUUGAUUUUUGUUUUAACUGAGAUGGACCAGAAUACUUCAUUUGGGAUUUAGUAUUAAAUUUCAAGACUGGUGUGUUUAGUCCGAUGAGUGACAAACUGUUCAGCUGUCUGAUUCUUACUGAAAUGCAAUGGAGUUGCCCAGCAGUUUUCUAUGCUUGAUUUUAAAAGUAUUUGUCAAAUGUACAGGAUUUUUAUACUUUUAAAAAUAUAAAUAAUGGUACCUUC